AUGUCUGAGAAGCAAAUCGCUAGAGAAAGGUUCCAAGCUGUUUUCAGCAAAAUAUCUGAUGAAUGUUUGCAAUAUUUGAGGGACAAUCAAAUGCCAGCUGAAGCUGUAAAAUGGUUUGAUGAUAAUUUACAAUACAACACACCAGGUGGAAAGUUGAACAGAGGAAUGAGCGUUGUAGAUACCUACGCAAUCUUAAAGGGUGGUGAACUCAGUGAUGCAGAGUACGAAAAAGCUGCUAUCCUCGGCUGGUGUAUUGAAUUGCUUCAAGCAUACUUCCUUGUCGCUGAUGAUAUGAUGGAUGGAUCCAUCACUAGAAGAGGUCAACCUUGUUGGUACAGACAACCACAAGUUGGUAACAUCGCGAUCAACGAUGCUUUCAUGUUAGAAGCAGCAAUAUACCACAUUCUCAAGCUUCACUUUAAGAAAGAAUCUUACUACGGUGAUUUGUUAGAAUUAUUCCAUGAUAUUACUUUCAAGACUGAAUUGGGUCAAUUAGUUGAUUUGAUAACAGCGGAUGAGGAACAUGUCGAUUUAUCAAAAUUCAGCUUAGAGAAGCAUCACUAUAUUGUCGUUUACAAGACAGCAUUCUAUUCUUUCUACUUACCAGUCGCUUUAGCUAUGUACAUGGCAGGGUUAUCUGAUGAGAAGCAACACCAAAAUGCACUUGAUGUGCUCAUACCUUUAGGUGAAUACUUCCAAGUACAAGAUGACUACUUGGAUGCUUUCGGUAAACCAGAACAAAUUGGUAAAAUUGGCACAGAUAUUGAAGACAACAAAUGCAGUUGGUGCGUAUGUAUCGCUUUACAACUAGCAAACCAAGAUCAAAGAAAGACUCUCGAUGAUAACUAUGGUCGUAAAAACCCAGACCAAGCUAGCAAAAUCAAGGAAUUAUACGCCGAAUUGGCUAUAGAAGAUAAAUUUAAGUCAUACGAAAAGGAUGCACAUGAUAGAAUCGUUGACUUGAUUGAAAAGAUUGAUGAAUCUUCUGGUAUGCGCAAGCAAGUUUACUACGCUUUCCUCUAUAAGGUUUUCGGUAGAACAAAGUAA